GAGUGUGGUAAAAAAUUUGGUAAAAAUUUUGUCAAUCAGCUGUUCAAUCACACGGACCAGCAGCGGCGAAAGUAAAAGUUGCCUCGCACAUCUGUUAUCAAUUCCCUAAUCAGCGAUUACAUAUUUUCGCACGCCCGCGCGCUAUAACCCGUUACCACCACCGCGAUUAGGAAUGUUAUUGUUUUGAAUUUGAUAUUCUUACAACGCAGUGUCCUCGACGGCCGCUGUGUCACAGUCCAUACGUAACAAUAUUAAUAACAUUAAUGAAAUGGUUUUAAGCGUUGUGUCGUUUAAUCAGAAAAUCAGUGAAUCACAAUAAUAAUGAUCUGCACUGAUGUAGAACACCAUUGAAUUGUUACACAAAUGGGUAUGAAUUGUAGACACUCAAACAAGCAAUAAUAUGUUUCGUUCAAAAAAAUUGGUAAAACCGGAAAAUCUCCACUCGUUAGAGUAUCUCAAAUACAUCUAUACAGUAUUAAGCAAAAAUCAGAAUGUUGUGGAUACCAAUCGCACUUUGUUAGUUGAAUCGUUUAGGAGUAUGGCCGAAAUUUUGAUUUGGGGAGAUCAAAAUAGUCCAGCAGUAUUUGAGUACUUUUUGGAGAAUAAUAUGUUUAAUUACUUUCUACACAUCUUGAAUCAAAAGUGUGGAAAUUAUGUCUGUGUUCAAUUGCUUCAGACAUUAAAUAUUAUAUUUGAAAAUAUUAAAAAUAAGACUGCUUUAUAUUAUUUGCUCAGCAAUAACCAUGUUAAUAGCAUAAUCAUAAAUAAACUGGAUUUUUCUGAUGAGGAUGUUUUAGCUUAUUAUAUAUCUUUUUUAAAAACAUUAUCUUUUAAACUUAAUUUAAACACCAUUCAUUUUUUUUAUAAUGAGGCAACCAAUGAUUUUCCACUUUAUACAGAAGCAAUUAAGUUUUUCAACCAUCCUGAUUCUAUGGUACGUACAUAUGUUCGUACAUUGACACUUAAUGUUUACAGAGUUGAAGAUGAAAGCAUGUUACGAUUUAUCAGGGAUAAAACAUGUGCUCCAUAUUUUGGAAAUUUAGUUUGGUUUAUGGGUAAACAUGUUUUAGAAUUAGAUGCUAGUGCAAGAGCUAAACCAAUUGAUGUCGAUACUCAAAAAAAUAUUCAAGAUCAGUAUAGAGUAAAACUUGCAGAUCUUGUCAGUUCACAUCUAGACGAUUUACAUUAUUUGAAUGAUAUUUUAAGCUCAAAGGUUGAUAUGUUAAAUGAAGUGCUUGUUGAUCAUUUAAUGGAUAAACUGUUUGUGCCUUAUUAUAUUCAUUCGUUAGCACCGCCAGAUAAAUACAUUAUUGUUGAAACAGAAGAAUUUGUAGAUGCUGUAAAACAACAACCAUUGAUGAAUAGUGAUAUUUGUUUAUUUUUACUAACACAAGUUUUUUUAAUUAUUCAUCAGACUAAAUUAGUUACACCAUUAGCUAAAUAUUUAUUGGAAAGCAAUUUUUCUGCAAAGAAUCAAAUUACUGAAGAAACUAAAUUACGAGAUGAAGUAUCAGUAUUACCAGAAAAAGAAAAUGAAGAAAAAUCAGAUAUUGAAUCAAGCGAUGUUUUUGAUCUGAAAUCAUUAACAAGUAUGAACAUUACAGAUGAAGAAAAAGAAAUACUUUUAUCUAAAAAUGAAGCUGAUUCUGUACAUAGUCGCUGUCUAGAAUCGAUUUUCAGCCAAUUGAUAAUUGAAAAAUCUGACAGUUCUGCACUGUUUGGUAUAUGUUUAUUGUUUGCUAUAUCAGAAAAUUCAAGUCUUUCCAAAGAGUAUUAUGAAGGAUUUUUAACUCCCAUUAAAAGUGAAAAUAGUUCUUCAUUUGUUCAUUGUGAUGAAAGAAAUGAACUUAUAGAUAAGCUAGUUAACAUAAUUGCUGCUGUGUCAGAACCUGUUUGUUAUGUACGUUCAGUUACAUUAGAAAUGGCCAUAGCAUUACUGAAAAAAAUAACAAUUCACGAGGAACAGGUAUUUAUAUCUGACAGACAUAUUGCUGUUAUUCUUAAUACUAAAGAAAAGAUUUUACCACUUCUUAGACAAUUUUUUAAAAAAGAAGAAAUGUUUUUAGAACUUUUUGAAGAUGAAUAUAAUGAGAUGCAUAGAGAGGUACUUAAUGUUCAAAGACUUUUAAGUGAUUCCACAUUGUUACUUCCGCCUGCCCAUUCUCCAAUGACAGGAAUACCACUUUCAAAACGUUUACCAUGUGGGGAUGUUGAAAGAACAAGGCAUUUUAUCUGUGCUUUUCUUAAUAUACGUAAGUUAUUAAUGACUUUUGAAAGAAAAGAAGAAACACAAUUACCUUUAGUUGACAGAACUAAGUGUUUUGUAUUUGAUACUCCAAUUAACUUGAAUGGUAAUGAUUUAAUUACUUGCAUGAUAAUUGCUGAAAAUGGUGCAAAAACAAGACGUUAUCUAUCAAUCAUUAGCAGCCAAUUAGUACUAGUUGAGCCACAUAGUCGUUUUCUUGGUUGGGGUGUUUGCAAAUUGUCUUGUUAUCUUCAUGAUGCUGAAGUUACUAAAAUUGAUAACGAAACAAAAACUUUGCACAUUACUAUGCAUGAUACAAAAUAUAAACUUACAAAUACAGUAAAAUUAAUUUUUGAUGAUCAUAUUCGAUGUAAUGCAGCAAGACAGAAAUUAUUGAAUGGUCGUAUUAAAGCAAGAAGAAAACAACUUAAUCAAAUUGCAAGUUUAUUAGAAAUGACUAGCUGUGAAACAAAUUAUGCACCAUGUAAUAGUGCCCUAAAACAAAAACAUAAUCUAAGGAGCCAUUUCCCUGAUGUUGCUGUACAUACAUCUAAUGUGAUUAUGCCAUGUCCUAUUUCUAUGAGAUCUACAAAUAGUGAUGAAUGUAGUGCAGAAUCAAAUUGUAGUAGUGUGACACACUCCAGAGACCAAUCACCUUGCACGGCAAGCAAAAAUAAUCCAGAAUGUUCCAACUCUCAAAAGCAUUCUAUAGUUCAAAGUCAAGAGAAAACAGAUCCAAAGCGUAAAGGAAGAGUAGAAAAUGUUUAAAAUUUACAAAUAAGCUUGGAUGCUUUAACCAAUUUUGAUGAGCCAAAACACUAAGCAACAUCAAUGUUUCUCAUUUUGAAAUGAGUGUUAUGACUAAAUUGAUAAUGAGUAAUGACUUAAGUAUCAGUAAAUUAUUCAUAUAGUCUGGUGAUUAUUUUGUGAUAAAAUAUUAUUUCAUUUUUGA